AUGAGUACAGAUGCGAAGGACUUGCUGCUACUCGUCUGGGUUCACGGCUUCAAGGGAAACGAAGUGACGUUUGAAUCUUUCCCAGAACGUAUCUCGCACCUGUUAGCUACCACGCAUGCUUCUUUACGAGUGGAAAGUCGUGUAUUUCCAGCAUAUCAAACUCGUGGUGAACUAACGGCUGCCACUCUGGCUUUCAUAGACUGGCUUACUGAGCUUAUUGUACAAUUGGAGAAUGAGCAUGGAGCAGGUGGUGGAGCUGGAAAAGCUAAAGUGGUUUUAAUGGGACAUUCUAUGGGUGGGCUACUGAUUGCCGACGCAGCGAGAGAUGUUGCUGCGAACACCAGAGAAGGAGAUAUAAUGUGGCCGAGGAUAGUUGGAAUAUUAGCAUUUGAUACACCUUAUCUUGGUCUUCAUCCUCAUACAUUUAAACACCAUCUAUCACAAGCCGCUUCGUACGUCGAUCAAGCCCGAAAUAUAGCUUCUGCAGUCGGGAUGCUUUCACCCAUGGCCAUGGGGUUGGGAUUUGGUAAAUUUGGUAAAAAAACAGAAGAACCUCCGAGUGAAGCAGGACCGUCAGGCUCUCGACCGAGCUCAACACAGAAAAGCAAGAAUGGAAAGGGUAAAGAAACAGAAACAGAUACCACUGUUCUACCUAAUUCGUCAACGACACCUGAAACCACUACAACGACAACCAAUACAUUCUGGUCCAAAUUACCUGCUAUGGUUCCACCAUCUACCAAAACGAUGUAUGGCCUUGGGGCGGCUGCGUUGGGCGCUGUAGCUUUGGGUACAGCUUAUUACCGAAGAGAAGACUUCAUCACCGGUUGGAGAUAUGGUUAUGAUCAUAUGACUUUUGUGAAGAACCUAUGGGAUGAUGAAGCUAUGAAAAAAAGAUUAGUCGAUAUAAAUGACUUAAUCGAGGAACGCAAAGUCGUCUUUCACAAUUACUACUCGCAUUUACCACCUUGUCCACCUACACAAUUGGUUUCAAGGACUUUCGCAAUUUUGCCACCUAUGAAUCACCCUUUAUACAAGUAUUUUGACACGGCAUCAAAUAGUCUAGCUAAAGAUGAAGUUUCAGCUCAUAUGGGUAUGUUCAACCCCAAGACGAAUGACGGGUUCUACGAUCUAGGUUUGGAAGUAGUCAAGGUCAUCGGUGAAAGAAUAGAGGAAGAAGGCGUAGGCAGGUCAGAAGUGAAAGGAUUAGACGAAGUUCUGGCGGAAUUAGAUGCUCUAGAGCCCCCAUCAGAACAGGAAGGUAGGAGUAAGAAAGGAGACUGGGGUGUCGAGAAAGAUGACGCAGGCCAUGAAGUGUGGGUAGAAAAAUGA